AUGGCUACCAGCACUGAUGCGGCCCCGGCCGAGAAGCGCCGCCUUCAGCCGUCCGCCGCGGAGCUCACCACCAGCAGCGAUGACUCUGCCACUGAGGUGAACCUCGAUGAGAAACCAGCUCCUCCUCUCCACGACACGAUAGGCGGCAAUACCCUCAAAGCAGCCGUCGAGCCCGUAACGUACGUGGAAAGCGUCCCAACCGGCGUCAACGCCGACAACAUUGUCUUCUGGGACGGCGACGAUGACCCGCACAAUCCCUACAACUGGAAGAGCUGGGUCAAGGUGUUCAACUGCGUGCUUAUAAGCGCCCUAACCUUUGUCACGCCUCUUGCCUCGUCCAUGUUUGCGCCUGGCGUGCCCAGCUUGAUGCGCGAGUUCAAGUCGUCGAGCGCCGAACUCGCCGCCUUUUGCGUCUCCGUCUACAUUCUCGGCUUCGCCGCCGGUCCCAUGAUUUUCGCGCCUCUCUCGGAGCUCUACGGCCGCACGCGCGUCUACCACAUUGCCAACGUCGGCUUCAUCGGUCCGUCCCUCUCUCACCCACACCUCUCCACAAACACUAACAAAAACCACACAGCAUUCAUCAUUGGCUGCGCCCUCGCGCCCUCGCUCAACGCCCUCAUCGUCUUCCGCUUCCUCUCCGGCGUCUUUGGUUCCUGCCCCAUCACCAACGGCGGCGGCUCCAUCUCCGACAUGAUUAUCCAGCAGAAGCGCGGCGCCGCCAUGGCCGGCUUCUCCGUCGGCCCGCUGCUCGGGCCCAUCAUCGGCCCCGUCAUCGGCGGCGUCGUCGCCGCCAAGCUCUCCUGGCGGUGGGUGUUUUGGAUCCUCGCCAUCCUGUCGGGCGUCCUCUCCGCGCUCUUCUUCUUCCUGUCCCGCGAGACGUAUGCGCCCGUGCUCCUGCAGCGGAAAACCGAGCGCCUGCGCAAAGAGACGGGCAACGCGGCGCUCCGCUCCAAGCUCGACGCCGGACUCACCCCGCGCGCGCUCUUUACCCGCGCCAUUCUCCGGCCGUUUAAGCUCCUCGCCUUCUCCCCCAUCUGCACCAUCUGCAACAUCUUUGUCGGCGUCGCGUACGGAUACCUGUACAUUAUGUUUACCAGCAUCACGCCCCUGUUUCAGCAGCAGUACGGCUUUGACAGCAUCCACGCCGGGCUGGCGUUUCUGGGCCUCGGUGUCGGAUCCAUGGCUGGCGUCGCGUACUUUUCCGUGGCGAGCGAUCGGUACAUCAAGAAGAAGGCGGCCGAGACGGGCGACGCCGACGUGGAUGAGGAAAUGGCGCGCAGACCGAGCGCCGUCGGCUCCGUCAAGCCCGAGUACCGCCUCCCGCCGCUGCGAGCCGGCGCCGUGCUGCUCCCCGUCGGCUUGUUCAUCUACGGCUGGACGGCCCAGUACAAGGUCCACUGGAUCGUGCCCAUUAUCGGCACCGCCAUCAUGGGCAUUGGCAACUUGAUCAUCUUCAUGUCAUUACAACUGUACCUCGUCGACACCUUUACCAUUUACGCCGCCUCCGCCCUGGCCGCCAACUCGGUCGUGCGCUCCCUGCUCGGCGCCAUCCUGCCGCUGGCCGGCGGGCCCAUGUACGCCAAGCUCGGUCUGGGCUGGGGCAACAGCUUGCUGGCCUUUAUCGCCGUGGCCCUGAUUCCCGUGCCGUGGUUGUUUAUGCGGUACGGCGAGUUCCUGCGCAAGAGAUUUGCGAUUGAGAACCUCUGA